GUCGCAGGAGCCAAGUUGGCUACCAGGAAACCACCUGCCCAGAUGUGGGCCGAUACAACCGCUGACUAAGCAACGUUUCUCACGGCCUGUCCCGAUUCCGAAUCUUCUUUCAUCACGUCCACGAUGAACAACAUCACCUCCUUCUUUUCGUCGUUUAUCCCCACCGCCCACUGCGACUCUGAGGACAAACCAGAGGAGACACCCGUUGAAGAGGCCCAGCCGCAGGAGGAGGAGGAGGAGGAGGAGGAGGAGGAGGAACCGGAAGACAUCCACCCCAUCAUCCGGGAGGAGUGCAAGGAAUCGUCCAAGUGCUCUGCGCUUGCCAAGCACUUUGAGCAUUGUCAGGAAAAGGUCUCGAAAGGCGAGGGAUCCAAGGGCGAGGAAUGUGUUGAGGAACUCAUGAUGCAUUGCGUCGAUGAAUGCGCCGCGCCCAAGCUGUUCGCUAAGCUACGUUAGAAGGGUCCUGGGCCGUCAAUACGACGGAGGAACGGUCAUUAAUAGACAGGUGGCACGUCUCUGUGGAUUUUGGACAAAAAUGAAAAUCCUUUGUUCUUAUCUAUUAAGUCUUCCUACGUACGGGUACAUAUUGCGCGAAUCGUUUGGAGGAUCCUGGACGUCGGCUGUUCCCCCACCACAGUUAUUUCUUUCUGGGACGACCACGCUAUCCACGAAGUGUUACUUGAACCAGAAGCAAAGCAAGUCGGGACAAGGGUAGUUAGUUCGUUUCUGCCCUGCAUCCAAAAUGGAUGUUCUUUUGCCGUUCUCCUCUGAUCGUCGCCAUCAACGCGCUGACCCCUAUAAACAUAUGACUUGACCAUUUUUCCCGCUAAUACUAUUCUGACCAAGUCGGGCAUGCGUUUUAC